UCAACUUGACUCAAGACUGGACACAGGUAUCUAACAGUCAACCCUGGAUCAGAGCUGAAUCUUUUUCUCUUCUGGCCAAAGGAGUACAGCAUGUCCGAAAUGCUUGACGACAUUUUCACAAAGAACUUUAUGAACCUGGCCCUGGAUGAUGCCUUGCUCAUCCAGAAACAGUCUCAGCUCAAAGCCCCGGGGCAGAGUCGGCUGAACCGGUCAACCUCCUUCUUCUCUCCAUCUGCCUCGAGCCACAGCUUUAGCCCCGAGCAGGUUAACGAUGAGGACAACUGCAGUCCUCUCUGGUCGUCCAACAUCUGGAGCCAGGGCCCUGCCGGCAAAACGAAGCCGCUCCCUUUCAAGCCAGACCGCUCCAUGAGCCUGACCGAGUCGAGCAGCAGCCUGCUCUCUUCCUUCGGACAGAUGAAGAACCUGGAGGCUUUUCUUCCUGCUACCACUGUGGCUCCACCACCUGGCUUCCCUCCUUCAUCCACCCUCCAACCCCAGGUUCAACCAAUGGUGGCCCCUAAUCGUUACAAGACAGAGCUGUGCCGUGGCUUCCAGGAGACUGGCAGCUGCAAGUAUGGCAGUAAGUGUCAGUUUGCCCAUGGCGAGGCAGAGCUGCGUGGACUGUUCCGCCACCCCAAGUACAAGACCGAGCCCUGCAGAACCUUCUACAACUUUGGCUACUGCCCCUAUGGCUCACGCUGCCACUUCAUCCAUGAGGAUAAAAUCAGCGGAGGCCCGUUAACAUCUGCCAAAUUCCAGAAACAGCAGCAGUCAUGUCCCUCAGCAAACGGUGGUCAAAAUCCUCGCCACCCGCUGCGCCAGAGUGUCAGUUUCGCCGGUUUCAUGGGCUCACGCAGCUCACCUCCUCCAUCAUUCCCUUCAUCCUUCAAUGACCCCAACCUGGGGUUCAGCCGUGCUCCCUCCGUCUCCCCACCUCCCGCUGAUCUCCUCUCCCCAGUGUUUAGCGACUCCCUGCAGAGGGAGUCGGCUUCAUUCCAGUUUGGCAACCAUCAGACCCGUGCCAGCACCGGAGACAUCCACAACAUUCCUCUCAUCCUGGAGCCAAAGGCCUCACGCUGUGUGUGCGGCCAUGGGAAUAACUUUAACAGCAACAACAGCAGGGUCUUCGCCAGCAUGGAUGACGGGCACGUCCACGACGGCAAUGUGAUGUUUCCCGCUCCUGGGUUCACGAAGCCUGCCGGGCUGCAGCGUUUCUCCUCCGAGGACUCCCUGGAGGACAGCUACAGCAGCAGCAGCGGAGGCUCCAGUGGAUCAGAGUCUCCAACAUUCGACGCGGCCACCAAGAGGCUCACUGUGUUUGAACGUCUGUCCCUGUCCGACUAAAUCCAAAAGGGAAGGAACAGAAGAGAACUGACACCUUGUUAACUGCGUCUGUUUAUCUGGACUUUUCUUCAGAACCAGAACUGAUCAGGACAAGUCAACCUUUGACAAAAUAACACUUAGUUCUUAAUUUAUGUUUGUUAAAAUGGAACUCAUCUUGGAAAAAACUACACAUACAGAGAUGAUUUUUAGUACCAAGAUGUUAUUAGACUCUAUUUUUAUACUUAAAAAUAUUGUGUAGCCUAUGAGACCUUUGUAUGUGGUCUUCGAUAAAAAUUAGCUCCUCUGCAGGUCUUGACAGUAAACAGUCUAGUUUGUACUUACCGUAAAUCUGUAGUGAUCAAAAAUGGCUUAUCUUUAGUGAGAAUCAUUAAUUCCUAUGCCUUAAAGAUUUUCCCUGCCUCAUAGGCGAUUUACGCUCGGUGCCACAAACAGUAUGUUUGAUUCAGUAGCCUUAAUCAGUGAGACCUGACAUGUGUCAUUGAUGCCAUUUUAUCUGUGAUAUGCACUUUACAGCUAAUCUAAUGGGGGAAACUGUCAAUUCUCCCAGUAGCAUUCAACCAAAGCUUCAUACUUCACUCUGCUCUGUGUGUGUGUGUGUGUGUGUGUGUGUGUGUGUGUGUGUGUUUGUGUGAAUGUGUGCCUGUAAAUGUGCAUGUGUGGGUGCGUAACUGUCAUUUUUCUGAGACCCGGGGGUGCAGAAGUUGCAGAAUGCUGAAGAUCAAAGUGUGCUAACAGAAAAAAAUGUAUGUCAGAGAGUUUAGAUAUGAAUAUCUGUAUCCUGACACACUCUGGAGGUCUAAUUCUGUUAUCUUUGCUAGUUUGUAAAUUGCACCCCAUCUUUUGUUGUCCCCCGUUUGUUUGACAACCUGGUUCAGGGACUUUAACACCGCAGUAUUCCUUUUGGUUAUUGGUUGCCUUGUGUUGUUAACUUAAACUAAUAUAUUUAUUAUGAUAUUUAUUUGCGUUUUAAAGAAAAAAACAAAUGUAUUUUGUACUUUAUUUAUGGAGAAAUAUUUCCAACGUCUGUGAAAUACCAAUGUGAGAAAAAGCAGUAAAAAAGAGAAUCUUAUAUUUUUAAUUGCCUGAGAGGGACAAAAUAAAUUUCUGAAUAAAGAAAUGAAUGUA